UCCAACAAAUUUGAUUAAGUUUCAGCAGCUGUGAGUGACAAUGAGUAGUGUCUUAACUUCUGCUUUCCUUCCAAAAUACUGUUUGAAGAACCAAUCAGUAGUCUUCACUUCUUCUUCUUCUUCUUCUUCCUCAUCGUCUUCUUCGCCAUUGCCAAUAAUUCCUCAGUUCAAAGCUUCAUCUGUCACCACCACUGAGGAUGAAGAAACUCAUCAAUCAUCACUUGUCAUCGUCCCCACUGUUAGGACAUCCAAAGGGGUUUCGAUUCCGCCAUUUCUCCAACGGAGAAGAAUUCCACACAAAGAGAAGAAUUCAGUUCAAGAUUUUGAUUUGGGGGAAAAAAGGAGGCCUUUUCUGCCUACUGUUUUUAAAUUAUUGGACGAACUUGUCUGCAAUUUUGUUGAUCCUCCUCUCCGGAUUUCUUUCGAUCCCAAACACGUCCUUGCCGGAAACUUUGCUCCGGUGGGCGAGCUUCCGCCGACUCCGUGCCCGGAAAUUGAAGGCUCCCUUCCGGCGGCGCUUAACGGCUCUUACAUCCGUAACGGACCGAAUCCGCAGUUCAUUCAGCGCGGGCCGUACCACCUCUUCGACGGCGACGGGAUGCUGCACGCAAUCACCGUCGCCGGCGGCGAAGCCACAUUAUGCAGCAGGUUCGUGAAGACGUAUAAAUUUGAUUUGGAAAGGGAGAAUGGAUCGCCGGUGAUUCUCAACGUCUUCUCCGCUUUCAGCGGCCUGCUGCCGUCGCUGGCGCGUUGCGCAAUCACGUUUGCGCGCGUCGUCACCAGACAGUACGACCCCCGCCGCGGCGUCGGCGUGGCUAACACCAGCUUGGCUCUGAUUGGCCGGAAACUUUAUGCUCUCGGCGAGUCUGAUCUUCCUUACGCCGUGAAAUUGACUCCCGCCGGAGAUUUGGUUACCCUCGGACGGGAGGAGACGUUCGGCGAGGAGUUUAUGAGCAUGACGGCGCAUCCGAAGGUCGACGGCGACUCCGGCGAGGCUUUUGCUUUCCGGCAUAGCAUCAGGGCGCCGUUCUUGGCGUAUUUUAGGAUCAGCGCCGACGGGGUGAAGUCGCCGGAAGUUCCGAUUACGUCGCUGAACCAGGCGGCGCUGGUUCACGACUUCGCCGUUUCGAAAAACUUCGCUAUUUUUCCCGACACGCAGAUUGUGAUUAAACCGACGGAGGUUCUCCGGGGGCGGCCGCCGGUGGUGAUUGAUAGGGCGAAAGUUACGAAAUUAGGGAUAAUUCAUCGGAGAGCUGAGGACGACGGCGAGAUGUGGUGGGUCGACGUGCCGGAGUUCAACAUGAUGCACGCCGUGAAUGCGUGGGAGGAAGACGGCGGCGACGCCGUCGUGCUGGUGGCGACGAACGUACUGCAGGUGGAGAACGUCCUGGAACGCCUGGAUUUGGUGCAUUCAUCCAUGGAAAUGAUCAAAAUCGAUCUGAAGAAGAAGAAGAUCAUUUUCCGGCGGCCGAUCUCCGCCGCGAAUAUCGACUUCGGCGUUAUAAAUCCGGCGUACGUCGCGAAAAAGAACAGGUACGUAUACGGAGGAAUCGGCGAUCCGAUGCCGAAGAUCGCCGGCAUCGUUAAGUUGGACCUAUCACGGCAGGACGAUUCCGCCGGCGGCGACUGCACGGCGGCGAAGCGCCUGUUCGGCCCCGGCUGUUACGGCGGCGAGCCGUUUUUCGUGGCGAAGGACGCUGAGAAUCCGGCGGCGGCUGAGGAUGACGGUUAUUUAGUUACGUACGUACAUGACGAGAACAGCGGAGAAUCAAAAUUUAUAGUAAUGGAUGCGAAAUCUCCGAAUCUGGAAAUCGUUGCAGCAGUCAAGCUUCCCCGCAGAGUUCCUUACGGAUUCCAUGGAAUCUUCGUCCCUGCGGCGGCGCCGCCGUCGCCUAAAUAAUUAAACAUUCUUAUUCAAGGCUGUACUCACAAUUUAUCUUUUAGGUUUAAUUUUAAUUUUUAGUAUUUUUUUAAAUGUGUGAGGUUACAUUGUAAAGAUUUAUUAAAUUAAGGGUGUUUGUUUGGGGAUUUUUCCAAAAUUUUA